AUGCCCUCCAUAAAGCUACAGCCACACUGCUCAAGUCAGGCAAAAGCCACUGCAACUACGUUAACACCGAAUAAUCCCCUCCCAACCCUCCUUCAAACACCCUCGGGCCUAGCCCUUCUCGAGCUUCAGGGAACAAUCAAUAUUCCCUCAGGGAACGAAGAGGAUGACAUAGACUACUCUACCUCUACGGAAAAUCCAGCUUCUACAUUCGAAACUCCGAUCGGAAAACUCAUGUUCCCAGAUUACUCGGUCCACAACCCAGACGACACAAAAUGGAUGAAGCGCGCAUACAUGUAUGUCGGCCGGUAUCAGCGAAUGACUGGGGAGGUCAAGAAGCUGCCGCGCCCAAUUGCUGUGCUACAGAAACGCCAGGAGUCGGAGGGUGAGGAACUGGAGGUGGUGGAUAUUGUGCGCUACAAGAUCUUCUUCAAGAGUCGACCGGAGCCCGUGACUAAUGUUUGA